AUGACAACCGUCACCCAGCUUACGCCACCACCACCAGCCUGCUCUGGAGGCCUCAUCGAGUUCGCCUCCUACACAGGAAAUGCAAACCACAGUUUCGUCGAUGUCUUUGUACCCUGCACUCUACACGAACCCAGCACUUGGCUUCUACUUGUCAUUCUCCUCGCGGUCCUUCUUCUCACAUUCACCCUCCUAGUCUCCUGCUGCUGUUCGGCAGUUAAAAAUGCCAGCGUAAACAGUGUCUUAGCUAGCACAACAUCCCGCGGCCAGCUGUUGGAAGUGGAGGAGUUGGAGGAGGGCACAGGUUCAGAGCCGUCCGAACAAAUCGAACUGAGUGACCUUGAAAAACUACAACAACAACGACAGCAACAGCAGGAAGUUCAAUUGAUCCUUGUAGGUGCUACACAGCCGAGACCGACAAAGUUCAGCGAAAAACUGCUUGCUCUUCUACGUCAUCCCUUCUUUGCAGUCAUCCACGUGGAGUCUAAAGGUCUCUUCACUUUCCUGGGUUUGAACCGGACUAACUCUGCCCGGAGUGAUUUUCCUUCCCUUCUC